CCGAGCCGGCGGAGACUGCGCGCAGCCUCACUUCCCGCGGCGCUGCCGGCGCGGCGGCAGAAGCAGCAGCGGCGGCGGCCCAGGCAGACAAUGAACUUGCGAGCGCGCUGAGCCCAGGCAGGUCUGGGCCCCGUGCCCCUCGGCCUGGCUUCCCCGAGGCUUUCGCCGUCCCCGGCGGCUGGAGUCCCCUCGCGGCGGGUCCUGGCCGAGUUCCGGGCGCCCAACGCGAUUGGGGACCCUGCUGGAACGGCUGCCCGGAGGCGGCGCCGCCGCUGGGGCUCACACGCCCCCCUCCCAAGCCCUAAGAGAACGCGGCCGGAGCUCGGGCACAGCGGGCCGGACGAUGGCGUGGUGGCGCUGUGGAUAGCUGGAGACUGGUGAGGGACGCACGCCGCCGGUACGCACCGGCCCGCAGUCUAGCACAACAGCCCCGGGAGUCGCAAUCCCGCGCCCCCGCACCACCCGGUCCCAGGAGCUGCAGGUAGUCGGACAUCCCCAAGGGCUUGCUCCCCACGCACAGGAAGCAGCUGGAAGGAAUUUGGGAUGUAAAAUGGGAAUCUCCUCCAGCGUCCCCAUGGGCGGCCUGCCAGUCCACCCACCAGGGAGAAGACCAUGACGCCUCCUGAUCCCUCGGGUGCUUACAGCUUCUCCCAGCAUCUUCUUUCCACUUCCUUUUGUGCCAUGGGAACAACCUGAGGUGCAGGCUGCAUUGCUUCCACGCUUGGGGCUGUCAGGAGGCCCACACGGGACCCCGUAGGUGGGGAGCUCACGUCCUCUGGGUCUUGUUCACACCCCCCCCCCCCAGGAACGUGCCUCCUCCUCUCUCGGGCUCUGCAGACUCUCCAGCUCCACAUUUGUGCGUGUUUGUUUGCCACCUUCUGUGAUCCCGAGACUUCUGUUGAGUCACCCAACACAACUCCUCCUGCGCGUGCCUGCCCACUCCUCGUGGCCCACCUGGGGCUCGGCAGGCCAGCCGUGCCCAGCCUGGGCUCUGUCAUGAGGUACUGCAUCAACUGCUGCAUACAGCUGAUUCCGGACCACAAGGAGGCGCACACGCAGCGGGCUGGCUGCCGUGGAGGCCUCGCCCACCAUCACCAGGUGUGCCCCACGUGCCAGGGGGAGAACAAAAUCCUGUUUCGUGUGGACGGUAAGCAGAUGAACUUGCUUGCUGUGCUCGAAGUGAGGACCGAAGGGAACGAGACCUGGGGUGGGCUUUUGCGCUUUCGGAAGGGGAAGCGAUGGAGCCUCAUUUUCGGCCUGAUCAUAAUGACCUUGGUGAUGGCGUCCUACAUCCUCUCAGGGGCUCACCAGGAGCUCCUGAUCUCAUCUCCGUUCCGUUACGGGGGGUUCCCUAGCACGCCAGGCUGGACGGACGGUGAGACUCUGGGAGACACCAAGGAGCAUGCCCCCCAGCCUGCGGUGACCAACGUGUCGUCCAUGAGGGACUAUCAGAGCAUCAGGUUCAUCAUCAACAGCAUCACGGCCAGGGUCGAGUUCACCACCAGGCAGCUCCCGGACUUAGAAGACCUCAGGAAGCAGGAGGAGCAUAUGUUCUCCGUCAUCCCCAGCAAAUUCCUUCCCAACAGUAAGAGCCCCUGCUGGUACGAGGAGUUCUCCGGCAGGAACACCACCGACCCCUACCUGACCAACUCCUAUGUGCUCUACUCCAAGCGCUUCCGCUCCACCUUUGAUGCCCUGCGCAAGGCCUUUUGGGGCCACCUGUCUCACGCCGACGGGAAGCACUUCCGCCUACGCUGCCUGCCUCACUUCUACAUCAUUGGGCAGCCCAAGUGUGGCACCACCGACCUCUAUGACCGCCUGCGCCUGCACCCGGAAGUGAAGUUCUCUGCCAUCAAGGAGCCGCACUGGUGGACCCGGAAACGGUUCGGGAUCGUGCGCCUGCGAGACGGUCUGCGGGACCGCUACCCCGUGGAAGAUUACCUGGAUCUCUUUGACUUGGCUGCACACCAGAUCCACCAGGGGCUGCAGGCCAGUGCUGCAAAGGAGCAGAACAGGAUGAACGAAAUCAUUGUUGGGGAGGCCAGUGCCUCCACCAUGUGGGACAACAAUGCCUGGAGCUUCUUCUACGAAAACAGCACAGCUGGCGAGCCUCCGUUCCUGACGCAGGACUUCAUCCAUGCUUUCCAGCCAAACGCCAAGCUCAUUGUCAUGCUGAGGGACCCCGUGGAGAGGUUGUACUCGGACUAUCUCUACUUUGCGAGUUCGAAUAAAUCUGCCGAUGACUUCCACGAGAAAGUGACAGAAGCACUAAAGCUGUUCGAGGAUUGUAUGCUGGACUAUUCCCUGCGCUCCUGCGUCUAUAACAACACCCUCAACAACGCCAUGCCUGUGAGGCUCCAGGUCGGCCUGUAUGCCGUGUAUCUGCUGGACUGGCUCACUGUGUUCAGUAAGGACCAAUUCCUCAUCCUGCGCCUGGAAGACCAUGCGUCCAACGUCAAGUACACCAUGCACAAGGUUUUCCGGUUUCUGAACUUAGGGCCCUUGAGCGAGAAGCAGGAGGCCUUGCUGACCAAGAGCCCCGCAUCCAACGUGCGGAGGCCCGAGGACCGCAGCCUGGGGCCCAUGUGGCCAGUGACCCAGAGGAUCCUGCGGGACUUCUACCGGCCCUUCAACACCCGCCUGGCACAGGUGCUUGCCGACGAAGCGUUUGCGUGGAAGACGCCGUGAGGGCGGCCAUGGCCCACAGAGCUGUGGCUUUAUGCAGUUCUCAUGGUGGGGAGUUGGUUCAGCUCAGAGCGUGGAAACCCCCAUUUCUGCAGCUGGAACCUUC